GGUUUGUUAAAUCUUUCUUCUAUGGUAUGUAGCUCUUUUGUGAAUGGUUUGGUCCACAGUUCCGUCAAGAUCACGUGACUAAUAUGCAUAUUAUCAUAUCUCACAUGUAACAAGCGUGAAAUCUUAAAAAGAGUGCACAGCUUCUUCGCAUUAUACUGGAUUAUAGUUAAUUAUUUCAAUGGAUAAUUAAGAAACAAUGGUGUAACAUCUUUCUCUACCUAACUUUGGGAUUAUACUGUGUUUUGGGGUCAAAUCGUUUUAGUAAACCUUUUUGUUCAUACUUGGAAUAUGCGCUAAAAUGACAUUGCUAGUCUUCCUAAGUUUGGCUGGUUUUUGUACAGCCGCGACUGUACCCAGUGCCGAUUUUGACGGAUUGUUUAUGAAGUAUAUGACAGACAAUGGCUACAAAGGGGGACAGGUGGGGGUGAUGAUCGAGGACAGAUUAGCAUUUGCUAAAGGUUACGGCAAAAACCACGAGCAUCAAGAUAUUUACGUCCACAACCUCAUUCCGGUCGGCUCCUUCUCCAAGGCAUUUACGGCAGUGACUAUUUUAAAGCUAGUGGAGGACGGAUUGUUGGAUAUUAAUGCUAAGGUUUUUGGAAAUGAUGGACUGCUCCACGUGAUCAAACCUUGGAACAAGACUACGGUGGACCGGCGGAUCUAUGACAUUACCGUGGACCACCUACUCCGACACACUGGGGGAUGGGACUAUACCAAGUCAAAACUGAUGGAACCGCUUCUGAAUUCUGCCCUUAUAGCAAACGGCUACAACGUUGAAAACAUCUCUGCGGAGAUGAAACUUCCGGAACUCACGACACCGAUCGAUGUUAUUCGAUUUAUGAUGUCCAAACCCCUUGAUUUCACCCCUGGGACACGCUCAGCUGUGUCAAACCUUGGAUAUGCCAUUCUCGGACAAAUCAUCGAAAUGAUAACAGAUUUUGAUUAUGACGAAUAUGUCAAAAAGCACGUAAUGAUUCCCUGUGGAAUGAUGUACACUAAAAUUGGUCGUCCACAUGUCUUUACAAAGACCCGUGACACCAACGAACCACUUAUGAGUGAUGUCACAAAAGUGAGCCCCGAGUUCGUUGGACCCGCACUGGGAUGGGAAUCUAAUGUGUACGACAUCAUGAGAUUUUCUUCUUGUUUGGAUGGGUCUGGGGACUUCAGACUUUUGUCCGAUAAAUCUCUCAAGUCCUUAAUAGCAAAACCUUCUGCAGCCCCAGUUCAACACAGCAACACCUGGAUCGGGGCUGCUUUCAACGUUAACAGCCACGGCGCUAUCUGGAUGGAGGGGGAAUUCUUCACAGACGAUUUGUUGUUCUUCCAUCAUGGACCUCUAGUCAGAGAUCCACAGCAGCAGACUGCUGCUACAGCGACCCCUACAGCGUAUGCUGCCUUCUUCACAGGCCAGAUGUUCACACCUUUAAAAAGCGGAAUCCAUGGUCUUGUAAAAGCAGAGAAAGCAUGGCCCGUCGGAAAUAGGUUUCUUGAUGACGUUGCUGACGUUAAAACAAAAUACGGCAAAAUCGAACAAGUCAUAAAAUAUAAACUGGAAGAACACCACCUCCAAGGUUAUGCCCGCGCUUUGACCCUCCUUCGUUACGACAUCAAGUGGAUAAAUGGUUUUUCAUAUCUUAAGAAAACCUACUUUGUCGUAAUUGCUCAAAAAUCAGAAAAACCACUCUUCGAUAAAGUUAUAAUUACCCCAGGGCUGACCGAAUCAACCUUAACCCAACAUAAGUUGCACCUUGAAAAAUCAGGUUUCAACUUAACAUACAUGCAGAACUACAUGUCCCAUUCCCAUCGUGGUUCUGUUUUCUUGGCUAUCUUUCGGAAGAAUUCCUACAAAAAUUCGACAGUCAUACGAUACGGUCUUCAACAUUAUACACAGUCGUACAAAAAAUUGAUCGAGCUUUACUCCGAGCAAGGAUACAUUCCAACAUCGCAGUCGUUGAUGUAUAAUGGCGUAGAUGGCCUUGUAAGCUUUAUUCUUCAAGAGGACGAGAACAGGAAGACUCAGAAAGAUUACCGAUCUUAUGAAGACAUCCCGCAGUCAAGACUGUAUAAACUGGUCACCAGAAACGCACGGUACAAAAGGAAACUAGUUUACUUGGACGAAGCAGAUUAUUUCGGAAAACCCCAAUUUUCAGCAGUAUUUGUUAAUGAUAAAGUUAAUUCGAUGCUCUUCAACUCUAAAGUAUCUGUAAAAGACAUGACAAAACUUAUACAGCGAGAACAAAUGUACGGAAAAUUGCCUCGUAUUAUUGUCGCCUAUGGUGACAAAGGGUCCCUGUGGUAUGCUGUGUUUCUUGAGAAAUGAACCAGAUAUAAAACUUGACUGGUGACAAUACCUAAAACAGUGGUAGUUUUUAAGACUGGUUCUGUAGUGAAUUGUGCAACAUUCUUGCUACAAAAUGAAAAAAAUCUUGAUAUUAUUGUAAAUAAGAUGGAAUCAAAGCACAGCGUGAUACUAAUAAUCGGCGGACUUAUUAGUUACCCAUACACCAUUUUGUUUAGGUAGCAAAGGUCUGACCCAAUGGAACUAAGUUGGCAACAGUUAGCCCAACUAUAGGCUACAUAAUCCGCCCUUUCAUAGAAGAAUAGGCACUCUUUCCAACUUUAGGCUUAAACCUACAGCCUAAGGGAAAACAUACAAUAAAACUACAAUUCGUUUUUUUUAAUGUCAAGCUACUUAGCCUGAAAAUGGUGUGUGUUUUUUAUUAUAUAUUUAUUGAUACUGAUUGACAGAUGACUUUUUAAAUGCUUAAUAAAACAUUUCUUGUUUCGCCUGUCAAAAAAAUUAACUAUAUAUAAAGACAAUGUAGUUAUAUACAGCGACCUACAUUCAUUAUCCAGCUGAAUAUGUUUUAUUGAAAUUUGAGCAUUGAUUUGUAAUUUAAUUUUUAAUGUAUUUGUAAAGGCGAUAAUUCACAGACGCAGCUUCUUUUGUAUCUCUGUUUAGUUUAAUAUACAUGUGUUACAGAAAAAUGUAAUA